GCAAGCUAACAUGUGCGAAUCAACCGUUGUCAAGUCUGAAGAAGGCAGGCCAGUCCAGCCUGAGAACUCUGUUCCGGCAGUACCUGCUACUGCACCGGCCCAGCCUCCCGCAGUUGGGGAGGCGCCAGAGCAGACGUACAAGAUGGCUGAGCUGCUGAAACAUUGGCCAGCGGUGGUAAUCGCCGUCCAGAAGAGCAAAGAUGCGUAUUGCUCUGUGAAGCAAAAGGCCAGCAUCAUCACCUGGUCACUUAACUUGACCGAAAAAGUUGUUGGUUCGGUUCUCAAACUUGCAGAAAGCAAAGUGAGCAGCUGGCGGCCAAUUAUUCAGCACGCAGAUGAAGCGGUUAGCAAAGGCAUGGUAGUAAUAGAGAAGAAAUUUCCCGCAGUGAGGGAGUCGCCGGAAAAGCUGUAUGAUGCUAUCACGCAACACAUAACGCGGAUCGUGCGACCCGCACUAGAUAAAACCGAAGUUAUAAGCGAAAUCGGCAGGAAGAAACUUAACAGGGUUGCUAAAACGAUAAUUAAGAAAUACAACAGUGCGAUCAGGAUCGUGGACAGCUGGCUGGACAAACUGGAGAACCAACUGAACGGCGCAGAAGCUGAAGCAGCAUCUGAUGCGGAGACAGCUGCGGCGCCGACCCAGACCACCACCACCACCAUUGCCAGCCCGACGUCAGCGCCCCCUGCGGGCCGCGUGCGGCAGGCUCUGCGGCUGGGUGCUCGCGCCACCACGGCGCUGGCCGCCUUCCAGGUGGGAGCAGCCUUCUGGCUGUUGUCGCGGGCGCCGCUCGUGGGCCGCUUCUUCAGAGAGGCGCCGACGCCAGACUCUUCGUCCUCCAGCGGCGCCUCAUUCGCCAGACUCCCGACUCCCUCGACUUCAGAGGAGGAGGAGGAGCAGCCGCUGUCCAGAGCUCAGUCCACGGACUCGUUGCACCCGGAGCAGUUCCUCUCAUUGCCGCAGCAGUGAUCACCACUAGAUAUCUUCCCUUAAUUUGAAACUUUGCUUAACGUAUGUAGUCAACAAAAUUGCUUUUAAGUUAUUUAUUGGUGAAAUAAAACAAAAU